CCAAUGAAAAACAUGGUCUAAGUUCAUGUUUAUAUACGAUUACAAGUUUUCACAAUAGGAAUGAUACAGGACAAUUGUGUAUUUAAUCUUUUUGAGAGAGUUUUUACACCAGCCUGUCAAGACGGAAACCAACAACUUAAUAAAAAUUACUUUCCCUCAAGCUAUAUUAAACCCCUUUUUGCUAAGAAAGUAAAGUGCCCGGCAUACUACAUUCGAAAUAAAAUUUAAUUUAGUCAUUUCCUUCGAGCUGUUUAAACCCUUUUUGUUAAGAAAGCAGUGUUCUUACAGUCAGCUAGACUAGGAACGAAUAUUUCGGUUUAAGUUUCUACUCCGUCAAACGUUGCGAGAACACGCGACGGUCACAUUGGAACGAGUCCGACUCAAGUCGGUGAUAAUUUUAGGCUGAAUGCGACACUAGUAUGCAGUUAUGUUCUGUAAGAAAUUUGGACGACUGGCUUUUGGGCUAUUAGCGGAGUCGACGUAUAGAUGCCAGUCAAUCCUGAAAGUGUCUUCCGAUGGAAGAUCAGUCAGGUCGCUGUGCAGCUGGACGGUGUGUUUGCGUCACCGUCACAGAAAUCAGCUGUCAAACGGAUUACACCACACAAAUGUCCGCACAGUGUCUCAGACCACACUGGACCCCGCCGAGGUGCGCAAGUUUCAGGCCAUGGCGAGCAAGUGGUGGGACUUGCAUGGAGAGUUCGCUGCUCUGCACUCCAUGAAUGAUCUGAGAGUGCCUUUCAUACGGGAUAAUUUAUUGAACAUCCAUGGCGUGCGGCACUCAGGCAAACUGCUGACUGGUCUCAGGAUACUGGAUGUAGGUUGCGGUGGAGGUGUGCUGAGCGAGCCACUAGGGAGGAUGGGUGCAGAUGUGUUCGGGAUCGACCCAGUAGAGGACAGCGUGCGGACUGCAGAGCUGCACUCCUCCUACGAUCCUGACCUACGGGAGAGGGUUCGAUAUCAGGCCUGCACCCUGGAAGAGCUUGCUGAGGAUGAAGCAGAGGGAUUUGAUGCUGUUGUGGCGUCUGAGGUGGUGGAACAUCUGGCUGACCUGGAUGCUUUUGCCAGCUGCUGCCAGCAGGUCCUGAAGCCUGGUGGCUCGCUGUUCAUUACCACUAUUAACAAAACCAGUCUAUCCUACGUUCUUGGGAUUGUAGCAGCUGAACAGCUAUUGAGGAUUGUACCGAGUGGAACUCACGACUGGGAGAAAUUCAUCAGCCCGGAGGAUCUGGAACGACUACUGGAGUCUUUUGGUUUCUAUGUGGAGGCUAUCAGAGGCAUGAUGUACAAUCCUCUCACAGGAGCGUGGGGCUGGCAGCAGAGCACAGCCAUCAACUAUGCAUUGCAUGCCAUCAAACGCAAAGAGGAACCCCAGCCUGAUCGGGUCUGGGCCGAGAGCGAAAGCGAGAACCUGGAUGAGCCACACCAAGCCAGAAGUUAUAGCUGAGCUUAUGUAAAAGUUGGAAGUGCCACCAGACUUCACCUGAAGUCAGAACAGGAUGUCAAUUAUUGACUCAAGGUUGCAGUUUAUGUCGCAUUAGUGCAGCAUCACUGAGCAAAAAAUGUAAAUGUUGCUUCAUAAAACUACAGUCAUGAAGCUGUGUAGCUCUAAUUGAGUUGAGGUCUUGACUGAAGCACUUUUGAUUCACACCACUUACAACAGUAUGUGGUGUUUUGUUGUGUUGACCAUUGAUCGGAUCAUGUUCAAUCAAAAUGAAUCUAAAAGGAAAAAAGACAAUUGUAUAAUAAUAUGAUCACACAAAGUGUUGGUACUUCGUAAACUAAGAAUGGAUCUUGUCAGUUGCAUGGUUCGAGAAGGUUUUUUAUUCAGUGCGAACAUUUCUCUAGUUUGGGUUCUACUGUUAAACUUAGGAAAAAAUUGCUUUCCAAACAAGCUUUCUUUUAUAGACGGUUUCAGCAGCAACAGCAUAAACAUUUGUGGCCCAAACUUAACUUCUGGUAGACCUCCCCGAAGAAUUGAUUUUAUAACUUAUUUUCUAUUUUGUUAUUUUAUAACUAAACACGCUCAACCUGAUUUUGCCAAGUGGUUGAUGUCCUCAGGGCAACAUAUUUUGUUGACCUAAGGACAACAUUUUUAUAAAUAAAACCUAAACCCACACCAAACCCUAACCAUAACUUACCCCUAAAAUCAGAGGGAGAGUGAAAAACAAUGGUCUAGAAGCACCUAAUCCUGUUUGGAAGAUUAAACUUAAAAUAAACUGUAAACUUAUAUCUGAUUGGUUGAUUUAAAUGUUGUACCUGGGUCAACAUGAUGUUGCCCUAAGGACAUCAACAACUUGGCAAAAACGGGAGAGCCAACUAAACACAGACUUCGGGCCAGGUGUGUCCGUCUGAUGAAACCGUCUGUAUGAAUCAGUAAUGUUGGCUGUUAUAUGCAAUACUUUUUAAAGUUGUGUUAAAGUAUUUACAAUAAUCAUUCAUUUGUAUUUUUUAAAUAGCUCGCUUCAGUAGAAAGCCUAGUGACCUUAUUGCUUUAUUUCUGAUCGGCUUAAUAUACACCC